CAUGUACACACAUACACCUCGGACAGACGAGGAGACGAGUUGAGACCAAAAUCUGAUCUAUUUUCUCAUACACAUUUGUUUCAAUUUCUUUCGAUUUUAUUUUUGUCACCGAAGUAUAUUUGCAAUGUUUUUGACUACAACACCGUUGCAGUUGGAUUAUUUAGUUGAUUGGAAUGAAGAGGAUUUUAGUGAAAUAUUAAGUCUUUAAAUGUAAAUAUGUGUAAGAUCCCACAGAAGAAAGAAGAAAAAACCAGCAACAACAGUGUUUUUUCUUCCCUUUUUUAACUUCCAUUCGCAAUAUCUAAUUCAAUUUAUUCGAUUCGAAUGAACUAUUCAUACGACAGAAAGAGAAAAAGAGCAUCUAAAUAAACAAUCUGUGUCGCAUAAAAUAUGGAAUCUGCUUUAAAAUGUGCACAAAUACAAAUACUACUAAAAUGCUUUCUCAACGAAAAGAGAAAAAAAAAUCACACGCACACACACGCACAUACAUAUGUGUAAUGUUAUAAAAUUUGAAGUUUGACAUUAAUAGAGAACACACAUAAUGAGAGUAAAGUAGAGAAGAACAGAAGCAAAAAAUGUUUGUCGUACAAAAAUAUGAAGAAAAAACAUGGUGUACGUGUGUCAGUCAUGUGUAGUUUCUUUGUGUAUGCGCAUUUGGAUUCAUCUGCAAUUUAGUGUGUAUACCGAUUGACUUUUUACACACCGAAAAAAAAGUCAAAAAAGAAAUUAUAACAUUUACAAUAAACAUUCAAUUUGAUAGUUGUGUUUCGAUAAAUUGAAUCGGUGGAAAAAAAUGUGAUAAAUCAUUCAGUGAGCAAAAAAUUGAAGAAACUCAGAAGAUAGUCAGUUCGCGCACACGGAAUAAAUAAACCAACAAAUAAAUAAAAACAAAAACAAUAAUUUAUCAUUGCACAGUGUUUCAUUCAUUGCACAAAUAUUUCGAGUUGAUUCUUCAACAACAACAACAACAACAACAACAACAACAACAACAACAACAACAACAAAACAGCAAACCAUAUAUCGUUUUGAUAAAAAUCUAUUACAUUGAAUUAGAGAAUUGUCAUUCUGUUUUCCAUUGAAACCAUUGAGACUGUCUCUAUCGGUCCCCCAAUCUUAAACACAAUUGACUAAUCGAAAUGAUAUUUUCUAGGUCGGGAAAUUGCUCCAAAAUCAGGAUGCGUGACAAAGAGUGUAAAUCAUACAACCAACAAUUGGACGAGUUUAUAAAUGUGAACAUUUGAAACGGCAGCAAAAAAAAAGAGUUUAAAUUUUGAGUGGCAGCAGAAAAUAAUAUCGGCAGCAGUAUUAAUAAAUUGAAGAGGAACGAAAGAUAUAAAGGGGGAAAAAAGAACAAGAAACAGACAACAAUUUGAUAUCAAGAAUCAAUCAUAUUGCAAUUGCAACGACGGAAGAUCGAUAAAUAGAAAGAAUUCUAUUGCCGAGUGAGAAUCGAUAAGACGAGAGAACAAGGAUAUCAAUCGCUUCAGGCUGUGAUUUGUAACAGGUUGAUUAGAACAUUUGAAUAGACAAAGUUUGAAAGUGCGGAACGAAGGCGCACACACACACACACUCAAACCCACUGGUAUUUAUUGUUUCGGAGCAAGCUCUUCGACUGACCGCUGGAUAAAAGGCGUCAUUAAUGGAACGGACACAAGAUGUCAAUCUACGAUUAUCACUACGAUUCGGCCAGUAGUUCCACAAACGAUACAAGUGGUAUAGGCAACACCACCAAAUAUGGUGCCAACAAUAAAAAUCACAACAAUGCGACGAGCGUCGAUCCAUUUUAUUGCACCGAACUAUCGCUUAAGCAUCAACUAUGCGACAUUGCACUGUCAAUGGCUUCUUUAUGUAACAUCGGUAAUUCGUGUUACAUGAAUUCCGUGAUAUAUACACUCCGGUUUACACCACUAUUCUUGCACAAUUUACAUCAUUUAGUGAGCGAUUUUUCACAGAUUGUCAAUCGCAAAGAGACCCAAAUGAAAUUGAAAAGUGCAUCGCUUGGCCGCAAUGUAAGCAGUUUACAAUGUCAAAAUUCGCGCAGCUAUAGUAGUAAGGAUUUAGUAUCGCUCGGGUCAUCGUCAUCACCAUCAUCGUCGUCGUCGCCCGCCUAUGAAAUAAUCAAAACAACGCAACAAACAGCCGUAGAAAAAUUACACGAAUUAUUCAAAAGCCUAACUAAUAAUGAAAUUGCCGAUUCAAUAGAACCGUAUCAAUCGGAUAUUCUAUUGAAGGCGAUACAAGAUGUGAAUCCAAUCUUUGAAGGCAAUCAACAGCAGGACGCCCAUGAAUUUCUCAUGUGCAUUUUGGAUAGUAUACGAGAAUCGUGCCAAUCAUUGACCAAGGUUAUUAACGAUUAUCCGGAAAUUGUCGUUGGUGGAUUCACCGAAAGUAUUGACCGUUCAACAGCUAAAACCCCAGUAAACAUUCCACCGGCAACGGAACGAAAACCCGUUCCGUGGUUCAAACGACGAAAAGAGGACAAGAAUAAGGUGAUUGUAACGGAUUCACCGUCAAAAGAUUCCAACCAUUGUAUCGAUUCCAACAAUGCUGCGACGGUCAAUGUGGUCGAUGCAGCCAGUGAUAAAAAUGCCUGUGGCGGUUCAUUCGUUGAAACAUUGUUGAUAAGUAAACAAACGAUCCAGGAAAAAAUCAAAGCUUUAGGUUUAGAUUUCUUUAGUGAAGACUUUGAAGGCGUGACCGCGUCAUCGAUUCAGUGCUUGGCCUGUGAAACGACCACUGAACAAAAAGAGACCAUGAUCGAUUUGGCGGUUCCAAUCACAGAGAAUAUGGAAACGCACGAACUGAACGAUUCAUUUAUCCAGAAUUUAUGCAUAACUCGUGAACGAUUCCAAGGUGAUAAUAAAUUCCGUUGUGAAAAUUGCAUGGGCUUAACGGAGGCGAUUAGAAAAAUUUCGUAUCCCAAAUUACCGCGACUGCUCAUAAUCCAAUUGAAACGGUUUAGCGGUGGCAUGGAGAAGAUAAAUAGUUACAUUCCAACACCAUUCACGCUACAGUGUUUCUGUUCAGAGUGUAUUUCGGAUUAUGGCAAUGCCAGAGAGCAUGAAUACAAACUGUAUAGCGUAAUCACUCAUGUGGGUUCAACACUACAAGCGGGCCACUAUAUUGCGUACACAUGUUCGCUCAACCAAGAUAGCAUUUAUAUAGACUGUCUAAAAAAUAGAAGUAGAAAAGAUGUGCAGCUGCUGGCUCAACCGGCGGUUGUAGCGUUAUCAUCAUCAUCUUCAUCCGAAGAUAGUAUCAAUCGUCAAAAUUCCUUUUCGACGACGAACUCAUCGUCGUCGUCUGUAAAUUCUAGUACUGUGAGUAAUGUGAUGAAAAAAAUUGGCCUGGGCCGAAAAAAGAGCUCAUCAAAUCACAUCGAUAUGAGUAAGAAUAUGAAAACGGUGAAUGGUCUAAAGAGCAUAGUGAAUGGAUCGGAUAGUGGUGUGUCGGUCGGUAGUGCGGGUGAAAAUUUAUCGGCCAAUCCACCAAAGACCCUGUGUUCGAGCCAUUCAUGUUGUGGUAUCAAAAUGAAAACACCACUGGCAAGCGCGAAUAAUCAUAGCAGCAACGGCAGCAGCAGCGGCAGCGAUACCACAAUGAGCAAUGGCAACGGCACAGCAAACGAUCACACAUCAAGCGAUCAUGUGCGAAAGUGUAAUAAUAUGAUAAAUGUCUAUAGUGAUCAGUACUACGGCAAUUCAAAUAAUAUUGGUGAUAUUGGUAGCAGUAAUUAUGUCGGUCCGCACAAAUUACGGAAUGAACCGAUCUGGUAUAUGUGUGACGAUGAUAAAAUUAAAGCAAUUCCACAGCACGAAUUUCGUGAGAUGUUGUUACCGAAAAAAAAUAUGAUAACGCCGUAUUUAUUGUUCUAUGCACGAAACGAUGUCCUUGGUUCGCAUUGAAAUUUCGAACAAUCCGGCUACCAUUAAAAUGUGGGAUCAACAUAACAACAACAACAAAAGCAGAAAAAAAACACUUGUAAUUAAUAUUCAUUACUUAGAUUUAUGAAAUGUUUCAUUUUGUGCAUGUCAAAAUCAAUAAAAAAGAGAAAAAAAUGAGAAGAGAAAAAAA